CAGAGGGGGAACAGAGGGCACAGAAAAAAAUGAAGACUGAAUGUUUUCCAGAAGCUUUUAUUCAGCGUGUUUUCUGGUUUCUGUGCGACUCAGAGUUCAUGUAAGACAGUCCAAGCUGAAGCAUUAUUCAGUCUUAACAAAUAGAAUAUUAAAAGUUCUUCUUGGUUAGAGGUGGAGCUGACUGUCCCUGUAGUCCCGAAGAUCAGGUGGACUACACAUUGUUCUUCUAAUCCUGCUUUAGUGCACUUCCUGUCUGCAGAGCUGCAGGCUGUAAUGAAGCCUGACUCCACCUCAGAGCAAAGUCCUCCUGCACAACACGAGGACAGAAGGAGAAGCAGAGCAGGUGAGGGGAGAAGAAGGAGAGGAAGAGGAGGAAGAGGAGAAGAUGGGAGCUCAGGAGGAAGAAACUGCUCCACAGACGGAAGCCAAGAAGAAGAAGCAAACGUCUAAAGAGGUGUGUUUCUCCGUCCUGCCCGACAGGUACGAGCCUCUGAUCGAGGAGGAAGAGGAGGAAACACAGCAGGAGAAGAGGAAUAGGAAGGAGGAGAACAAGAGGAGGAAGAACAAGAGAACGUGGGGAAGGCGUUACGGCUGAGCUGGCGCUGCCUGAUGCUCGGUCUGCAGAACAUGGCGGCCGUUUACUCCACGCCGUCCUCGGCUCUGUCCACCGUGGUGAGCGAGGUCCAGAGGAGCAAAGCAUGAUGGGAUAUAGAGUCCGCUGAGCAUGGACCUGUAGUACCUUCAGUGGAGAGACUUCCUAAAGUGGACCACUUUAUAGCGAAUAAACUGAGCCUAGCAUACAUUAGCAUACGUUAGCAUUCUGUGUUUUAAAUAGUAAUGUUCUCGAGGAAAACACAGUUCAUGACGUGUCACAAAUACAUUUCCAUUUCAAGUCAGUAGGAAAGAUAGUUAGCUGUUAGCUUCUGGUGGUUAGCAUGCUUGACUGAGUAACAUGGCUAACAGCUAAUGCUAGCAGAAGUUCAAUGGGAGGUGCUAUUCAGGAAUAUUACGUUUCUAUACACGCAAACAAACCGGACCGAGAGAGCGACGUGGCUCGUGUGAAACCAAAUGUUUACUUACUUUUAAUUUAGUAUGCAACGUUUAGAACCACAAACACACCUAUUAAACUCUUACAUAUGCACGAGUGUAUCUGUAUAAGUAUAUGGGAUUAUUAUGUCCAGUGCCCUGCACUUUUACUUUAUAUUGUAUGUAAUUCCUUAAAAAUUAACCUAUUUCAAGUCAGCAGGAGGGCUAGUUAGCUGUUAGCAGGUGUGGUUAGCAUGCUUGGCUAAAUAACAACAGCUGAUGCUAACAGGCGCUAUUCAGUAACUGGUAUUGAGUAAAGGUAUAUUAUAGAGGUUCUUGUAGUAAAGUUAAAUGUCUAAUAGAGACUGUUUCUCACUGAAAAUCAAUGCAUUUAAUCACUUCUAAGCAUAUGUUAAAGUUCAGUGUUAGUGUGAUUAUAUUUUCACAAUAUCUCUUAUUUCAUGUGCCGUAUUAUUUCUUCGUGAUAAACAUUGUAUGUGUAUGAUUACAUUCUGUCUAAUAAAUUAUUUUACUCCAGAAGACAGAAGCUAACUCUUCUGUUUACUGAAUUAAAUUAACUAAUGCUCAGUUUGAUUCCUGGAAACAAUGAUUCAGUGUAAAGCUAUAUCAGGAAACCACCACAGGGUGUCGCAACACCUCCACUCCUUAUAAGGAGAAGAGGGCGGGGACUGAACCUCCAGCUGAGAGUUCUGAAGUGUGUGGCUGACAGCAGCAACUGUUCUCACACACACACACACACACACACACACACACACACACACACACACACACACACACACACACACACACACACACACACACACACACACACACACACACACACACUCUUGCAAGGAAUGGCUGCAGCAUGGGUCUCUCCUGACGGCCUGCUGAGGUUGUUUCUGGAGCCCUGACCGGAGGAGAUGUCUCCGCUGCAGAUCUCCCUGUACUGGCGCCUCUCCCUCGUCUUCUUCUUCACGUCCUUCCUCUUCUUCCUCGACAUUUUCACCGCUGCCAUCGUCGCCGAGACCUGUCCCCAUGGCUACGGCACCGAGGUCAACCAAUCGGAGGCCGGCACAGAAAGCGGGAAAACAGACUCAGUGUGUGACUGGACAGACCUGCUGGCGUACGGUCAGACGCUCUUCAUGGUAGGGCUGCUGCUGGGCUCGCUGGUGGGGGGAGCGCUCUCAGACCGGUAUGGGAAGCGUCCGGUGCUGCUGGUUUGUGUGUGUUUACACGCCGCCUGCGGCCUGGUUCCGGCCGUGUUCCCCCAGCCUGUCCUCUUCCUGGCUGUGCGCUGCCUGACUGGCGUCUGCUGCUGCUGCAUCAACAGCUGCUCCUUCAGCCUGGCAGUGGAGUGGACGGCGCCCGCCGCUCGCCUCUGGCCUCCGGCCUUCCUGCCGUUCUGUUUUAGUCUGGGGACGAUGGGGGGGGCUCCUCUGGCCUGGUUGAGCCUCACCUGGAGGCAGCUUCACCUGUCGCUGUCACUGCCUCAGAUCAUCUGUCUGCCGCUCUACCUGUCGAUCCCUGAGUCUCCGCGCUGGUUGUUGUUGAAGAGGAGGAUGGACGUCCUGGAGCGUUACCGUAGCAACAGCCCUGCAGAUAAACAGUGUCUGGACCUGCUGUUGGACUCCACAUGGUCUGACCUGCAGAAAGCUAGCGAGGCAGGGGAGGAGACAAAAUCAGGAGACUGCACCCCCUGUGACAUCAUCCACCUGAGACACCGCACCGUGCUGCUGCGGCUGCUCAUCAUGAGCUCCCUGAGCGCUGCAUCAGCGCUGACCUACUACGGGAUCUGCAUGAACAUCAGCUCGUUCGGCGUCGGCGUUUACUCCGCACAGUUUUUCUCCGGCCUAUCAGAGGCCCCCUGUCUGCUCGUGCCAUUGGUCCGUCUGGGGCGGCGGCCAAUCAGCAUGCUCGCUCUGUUCCUGAGCGGAGCCUCCUGCUUCCUGUCGCUGCUGCUGUCCCGAUACAACGGUGCACCGGUGCUGGUGAUGAGUUUGGCGCUGCUCGGGAAACUCUGCAUCCUUGCAGCACUCUUCAUAUCUAUCCUGUACAGCAUUGAGCUCUUCCCCACGGUGGUCAGGCAGCGCUGUGUGUCUCUGGUGAAUCUGUGUUUCCGGCUCGGUUGCCUGGCCAACUCCCUCGUCCCUGCCCACCCAAACGGAGCGAUCUCAUUGGCUGCCAUGGUGGUGUACAGUAGCGGACCAAUCAUAGGCUGCGCUCUGUGUAUGCUGCUGCCGGAGACCAGCGGCGUCCCGCUGCCCGACACCCUAGAGGACUGUGAGCGGCAGCCCCCCCCACCCAGCAUCUCUGCCCUCUGGAGGAGACGGAAGCUGGUUUGCAGCCAAAGCAGGAAAGCAGAGAUGCCCCCUGUAGAGAAAAGAGACACAAACACUGCACUCAUAUAACACACACACACACACACACACACACACACACACACACACACACACACACACACACACACACACACACACACACACACACACACACUUUGAGUGUUGUUAAUUUGUCUUAGCUUGAAUCUUUAGUAUUUUUAACGUUUCAAUUUUGUGUUUAAGGGUUAAUUUUAAAUGUUAAGACCAAAGAUCUGAGGAUGAUCCAAGUGUAUCUUUGAUGUUUUCAAAAUAAAAUCAAAAUAACCUUCA